CGAGGCGGGCCCGGGGCCGCUCUGGGCAGCGGCAGCGGAAGCGGUGCCUGGGCGCUGGUGCUGGGCCCCUUCGUUCGCCGCCGCCGCUCCCGCGUCCGGCCGGGCCAUGGCUGUCCGCGCCAGCUUCGAGAACAACAACGAGCUGGGCUGCUUCGCCAAGCUGACCAACGCCUACUGCCUGGUGGCCAUCGGCGGCUCCGAGAACUUCUACAGCGUCUUCGAGGGCGAGCUCUGCGAAGCCAUCCCGGUGGUGCACGCCUCCAUCGCCGGCUGCCGCAUCAUCGGCAGGAUGUGUGUGGGGAACAGGCAUGGCCUGUUAGUGCCAAGCAGUACCACGGACCAGGAGCUGCAGCACAUCCGCAACAGCCUCCCAGAUUCCGUCCGGAUCCAGCGGGUGGAGGAGAGGCUCUCGGCGCUGGGCAACGUCACCACCUGCAACGACUACGUAGCUCUGGUGCACCCAGACCUUGACAGGGAGACAGAAGAGAUCUUGGCAGAUGUCCUGAAGGUUGAGGUUUUCAGACAGACAGUAGCAGACCAGGUGCUGGUAGGAAGUUACUGCAUUUUUAGUAACCAAGGGGGAAUUGUGCACCCCAAAACCUCCAUCGAUGACCAGGAUGAGCUCUCCUCACUGCUGCAGGUCCCCCUCGUGGCCGGGACGGUGAAUCGCGGCAGCGAGGUGGUGGCGGCAGGGAUGGUGGUUAACGACUGGUGUGCGUUCUGCGGGCUGGACACCACCAGCACCGAGCUCUCUGUCAUCGAGAGCAUCUUCAGGCUGAACCAAGCGCAGCCCAGCACCAUUGCUACCAAAAUGAGAGAUUCCUUGAUUGACAGCUUGACAUGAGCAGUGCUGCUUCCCACUUUGAAGUCCUCAAGGGAGUGAAGUUUCAACUGCACUUUGGACUCCAGACAUCUGCAUCUUCUGAUAUUGUUUCUGCAGGCCUAGUCCAAGGAAGAGGCUGCAAACCCAAACUUCUUGUAGUGUUCUGCAAACUUAUUACAAACCCUGAUGAAUAAUACUCCUUAGUCCCAAAGCAGGGAUGCUCUCCCUCUCUCCUUCCCUCUGACACUCUCUGGUUCCUCAGCUAAAAUGCUUUUCUAUUUUGUGAUGCUGACUGAGCCCCUCAGAUUCCCCACAAUAUUGUUUCUGGUGGCUCUUGGGAGUUGUUUAUUGGAGGUUAUUUUGCCUUAAAUCAUGACUCAGUGUUCUGCACCAGCACUGUUUCAGCACACACCUGGCACUGCCUGCCCUUGCCACGCUCUUGCUGCAGAGCAUCCUUCCUGCUGGAGCUGGACAAGAGCCCCUUGCAUGUCCACCACCAAAACCAGUCUGUUUGUCACAGAAUCAUUCAGAAGGCAUCAGCUGCUCUCCUACCUUGCAGCUGUGCCCACAGGGAUGUGGAGUCUGAAGUGAGGAGCUCUGAUUACAGCUGGGGCUUCUCACAGUCAGGCUGGAGGCUUUUAAGGGCACCAGUGUGUGACUGCCUCUGGAGCCACUGCCUGCAGUGCCUCUUGGCACAAGUACUGCUCCUCACCUAGCUGCAAGGGACAGCUCAGAGCCUGCUGUUGCCAGUGGGCUGGGGUUUGUUCUGCAGGAGUUAGCCACCCAUGCUGGGAAACUCAAAAGUUAGCAAACCAAAAGAGAUUUCAACCACUUCAGCCUAAGUUGGCUCAGAACCAAAGGUUAAGGAACGUUUCUAAGCAGUGGCUGCACUGAGGUGGUGGAGAUGUGCACUUAAGAGCUCUGCCCUCGUGGGGGAGUGAUGAUGACAGCAAGGAGCUGCAGGUGCUGCUUUCAGGCAGAGGAUGACCAUUUGCUCACUGCUCCCUCGAUUGCUUUGCUUCUGCUUGUCUGAUCUUGCUUCCAUGCAACUGCAGCGCUUAGCUGGCUUCUCCUGAGAGCUGCCCCGAAGGCAGCCUGGGCAGAGCUUUUGCCCAGCCCUGCUGCUCCACCUUUAGUGACUUGGCUCUUUUGUUCUACUGUCUGGAUGGUUUGGGAAGGGCUUUUUAAGUUCUGCUUGCUCCAACUUCCAAAUAAAGAUUGCUGGAGAACCUCUGAUGCUAA